CGUCUCUUCCUGCCCUUCUUCAGAGACAUCAGUCUGUCUGCCCCAGUGCUGGUGGUCGUGUUUUAUUACCGGCUGUGGUGUCUCUCUCUUGUGCUUGUGCGUCAGGAUGGCAGCGGUCAGGACCCUCAGGAAAGUGUGCCAACACUCCCAGCAUCAAGUCUGUAAACUGCACACGUCCGCCCCGAGACAGGAGGCAGUGGUGAUCUCAGGAAAGAAACUAGCGAGGCAGAUUCGUGAAGAGGCCCGGGCCGACGUGGAGAAGUGGGUUUUAGCUGGCAACAGGAGACCCCAUCUGAGUGUCGUUCUGGUUGGAGACAAUCCUGCCAGUCACUCCUACGUUCUGAAUAAAACACGAGCUGCAGCUGAUGUCGGAAUCUCCAGUGAGACCAUUCUCAAACACUCAGACAUCAGUGAGGAGGAGUUACUGGACCUGAUCUACAAACUCAACACAGACCACAGUGUGGACGGCCUCCUGGUCCAGCUGCCUCUGCCAGACCACAUUGAUGAGCGCGCAAUCUGUAAUGCAGUUUCCCCAAGUAAAGAUGUUGACGGCUUCCAUGUAGUGAAUGUGGGUCGGAUGUGUCUGGACCAGUCCACCAUGUUGCCCGCAACUCCCUGGGGCGUCUGGGAAAUCAUCAAACGUACAGGUAAUAGGAGUCACCACAUCUCCAAUGCUCAACUCCAUCUUGGGGUUGUUAUUCUGCAGGUUAUGUCAUACCCUGUUGAAUUACACCCAUUUUCUCUUUCAGGUAUCCCUACACUUGGGAAGAAUGUAGUGGUGGCCGGACGAUCCAAAAAUGUGGGCAUGCCUAUCGCAAUGUUGCUGCACACAGAUGGUCGUCAUGAGAGACCGGGAGGUGAUGCCACGGUCACCAUUUCCCACCGUUACACUCCAAAGGAGCAGCUCCGCCAACACACUAAAAUAGCAGACAUCGUUGUGGCUGCUGCAGGAAUCCCAAACCUCAUUACUGCAGACAUGAUCAAAGAAGGAGCAGCGGUAAUUGACGUUGGGAUAAACAGAAUCCAAGACCCUGUCACUGGCAAGAACAGACUGGUCGGAGAUGUGGAUUUUGAAGGUGUGAGACAGAAGGCUGGCUUCAUUACCCCUGUGCCUGGAGGUGUAGGACCCAUGACUGUGGCAAUGCUGAUGAAGAACACCAUCAAAGCAGCGAAGAAUGUUCUGCUGUGUCCACCUGAGAGGAUCCGCAUGGCAGCUGCGUCUUGAUUGAGCAGGGUUAAUUCCAGCUGCAGUGACACAUUCCACCCUUGUCCCCCUCCUCCUACACUACAACCCCACCCCCAAUUUUUUUUUUUCUUUUUUUUUUUUUUUUUACUUGGAGCAACCUGAUAAGCUUGCACAUGGACUGGAAAGAUGAUAGCUUUAAGGCUGCUGACAUCUUUAAUUUUUUUAACAUCAACUCCAGCCAAUCUCGACUGUUACAUUCACUCAUGCAGCUGUACGGUUUAUGUAACAGGUUUUUAGUAUUUAUCAUGUUUCAUGUGUCAUGUCUCUGGUGUACGGAGCAUAUAGAGAAUGUUUUAUUUAUUGUUACAGCGACAAAAUAUUUAAACAUGAAUGGAGGCAGUUUACAGUAUUUAACACCAGGUUGGCAAAGUUCAAGCAGAGCCAUUGAGGUCUGUUGUUUACUUUUUCUUUUCACAGUUGAUUUAGCCAUAUUUACCAAGACUGAUAAGGGCUAACAUUUUCAGGAACAAAGUAUGUUUAAUAGUAUACAAGCUUUAAAGAUUCACAAAUGCCUUUGUAAAGCCUUGGAAAUAAAUAUGAAUAUCUUCUCACA